AUGAUUAGGGUAUUCCUAAGAGAUAAUACAGAGAGUUGUCUAGAUCUUAUAGACAAGGGUGAUAAUCUUGAUGAGAUAGAUAAAAAGAGUGGGAAGUCUUUAUUAUAAAUUGCAUUAACAAAUAAUAAUUUAUAAUUAGUCAAAGCAUUAUUAGCUAAGAAGGUCGAUGUUAAUUUUUUGAAUAAGAUUGAUAGAAGCACUUCUUUGUUUACAUCAAUUUAAUCGAAUUUUAUAAAAGGAGCAUAAGCAUUAGUAUAGGAUUUAGAAGUGGAGAUUGAAGGUAGAUCUUAUUUAGAACAUGCAUUUGUAAUUGGAACAGUCUAAAUAAUAUAAUUAUUAAUGAGUAAUUAGUGAUAUCAAUUUAAAAUAUAACGUAUCUACCAAAGAAAACUUAUUACAUUUGGCAAUAAAUGCAGAAAAUAAGAUGAAACGCAUAAUUUUUAAUUUAAAAUGAAAUUUGAUUAAUAAAUUAAGAUGAAGAUUAGAGAAUAUUUUAUUUAUUAGCAUUUAAUGGUAUUGCAGAAUUGCUUAAUGCAAUAAUUAAAAACCUAUAAAUAAGCCAUUGUAGAUUGAUAUAUGGAAUUAGUAAAAUAAAGAAGAAAAUACAUCAUUACAUAUUGCUGCUAUUAAUGAUAAGUAAUUAUUUCUGAAGGUAUUACUUUCAAAUAAGGAUAAUGUGAAUUUAGAUGUAAAUAAAUUAAAUAGAGCUGGAUUAAAUUAUUAAUAGAUAAUUGAAGAUAGAAAAAAGAAAGUUGAAUUAGAAUAAUAGGAGUAAUAAGUUAGAAAGAGAUUAAUAGCAGAAGAUAGAGUAAAUAUUAAAUUAAUUAAAUAAUAAGAAAGAUAAUAAUAAAGGGUUAAAGAAGUAAAAAUUAGAUAAUAGAAGAAAAAGAAUAAAAGUAAAGAUAAAAAGAAGCAGAAGCUAAUAAAGAGAUAUUAUAGAAGAAGGAAGAUACAAAAAUAGGUUUGUGAUGUUGGACAUCUUUGCAAUUGUUAUUUUAGGAUUUUAUAUAGUGUUGUAAUUUAGUAUAAAGAAGAAAUGA